UGAACGCAGCAUUAACCAGUCAGUCAGCAGUGGAGGUUCAUUUACUGUCAAAGACUUCUGCUACAAAGUGUCCGGAGACUGUAACAACACAGGGGUCCUAAAGUGGAGCAUUAAAGCCCAGGUGAUAGCGCAGAUUUGUGGGACCAGAGUAAAGUCCAGACUGAAGGAAACAUGUCCACAGAUCAGGAGCCGACGUUCACAGUGAAGCUGCUGCAGCUGCUGCUGCUCUCCACCUACUGGGGGAUGCAGAUCUGGGUCACCUUUAUUUCAAGUUUUGUGAUGGACAACCACCUGAACAGACACACGUACGGCUUCAUCCAGAGCCGUCUCGUACCGUUCUACCUCCACCUGGGAUCAGCCUGUGCCUUCAUUAACCUCACCAUUUUCGCUGUGUAUCAUCCCAGCGAGCUGUUGGACGACAGAGAGGCCUUCCAGAUCUUCAUCUUCUUCGUGUCGGUGACUGUGGCGGCUAUAAACGCUCUGUUCGGCCAGAUGACAUCAGAGAUCAUGGCAGACAUGCACCUGAUUGAGCAGGCGUGCGGUUUGGGUCAAGACAUCGGGCUGUCAUCGAACAGAGAAGCUUACGCCAAGCUGUGUGAGACAGACGUGAAGUACCGCUACCUGAGCAGCCGUCUGUGGCUCUACAGAUUUCUGUCGUCGCUCUGUAACCUCUGCUGCAUCGGCUGCAACUUCUACAGCCUCUGUUUCAUGGCCGAGAACCUGAGCACGCUCUGAGACUGACACACAGCAGCCAGACUGCCACCACAAAUCACUCCCUCGCAAACCUACA